AUGGAGGCCAGAGAGAGAAAGGAGCUCUUUCUGAAACAAAGGCAAGUCCUAAUAUUCUUUGUUUUGCUGGGCAUAGCUCAAGCUGGUUCUGAACCUACACACUACUCAGUGGCUGAGGAAACAGAGAGUGGCUCCUUUGUGGCCAAUUUGUUAAAGGAUCUGGGGCUGGAGGUAGAGGAGCUAGCUUCCAGGGGUGUCCAGCUGGUAUCUAAAGGGAAAAAACUGCAUUUGCAUUUGGAUAGGCAAACUGGGGAUUUGUUGUUAAAUGAGAAACUGGACCGGGAGGAGCUCUGUGGUCGAACCGAGCCCUGUGUACUACCUUUCCAGGUGUUACUGGAAAAUCCUCUGCAGUUUUUCCUAGGCGAGUUAUGGAUUAAGGACAUAAAUGAUCAUUCCCCUGUUUUCUUAGACAACGAAAUAAUUUUGAAAAUUCCAGAAAACACUGCUCCUGGAACUACUUUCCUAAUAGAACGUGCCCAGGAUUUGGAUGUAGGAAGCAACAGUCUCCAAAAUUAUACACUCAGCCCCAAUUUCUAUUUCCAUCUGAAAUUACAAGACAGCCCUGAUGGCAUAUUACCACAGCUGGUGCUGGAGAAAGCUCUGGAUCGGGAGGAAGAGCCUGAGAUCAGGCUACUCCUGACUGCCUUGGACGGUGGGAACCCACCCAGGUCCUGCACUGCCCUGGUCCGUAUUGAAGUUGUGGAUAUCAAUGACAACGCCCCCGAGUUUACAAAGCUUCUCUAUGAGUUACAGGUCCCAGAGAACAGCCCUGUUGGAUUUCAGGUUGCCACGGUCUCUGCUAGGGAUUUGGACAUUGGUAUUAAUGGAGAAAUAACAUACAUGUUUUCUCAAGCUUCUGAAGAUAUCCGAAAAACAUUUCAGAUAAAUACAAAAUCGGGAGAACUCCUUUUAGCACAGAAAUUGGAUUUUGAAUCCAUUCAGAUGUACACCGUAAAUAUUCAGGCAAUAGACGGUGGAGGGCUUACUGGAAGUUGUGUGGUGCUUGUCCAAGUGAUGGAUCUGAAUGACAAUCCUCCUGAACUGAGCAUGUCCUCACUUACCAAUCAGAUCCCAGAAAACCUGAUGGAAACUGUAAUUGCUGUAUUCAGUGUUUCAGAUCCUGACUCAGGAGAUAAUGGAAGGAUGAUGUGCUCCAUCCCAGAAGAUCUUCCCUUUCUUCUCAAACCCUCAGUUGAAAAUUUUUACACAAUUGUGACAAACUCAGCGCUGGACCGAGAGACCAACUCUGAGUACAAUAUCACCAUCACUGUAACCGACUUGGGAACUCCCAGGCUGCAAACCCAGCACACCUUCACCCUGCAGGUGUCUGACGUGAACGACAACGCCCCCGAAUUCACGCAGUCGUCCUACACCCUGUGGGUCCGCGAGAACAACAGCCCCGCCCUGCACAUUGGCACCAUCAGCGCCACAGACAGAGACUCGGGCAGCAACGCCCAGCUGACCUACUCGCUGCUGCCCGGCCCGCAGCCCGGCGCCGACGCGGCGGCGGCGCUGGUGUCCAUCAACGCGGACAGCGGGCAGCUGUUCGCCCUGAGGGCGCUGGACUAUGAGGCCCUGCAGGCGUUCGAGGUGCGCGUGCGCGCCGCCGACCGCGGCUCGCCCCCGCUCAGCAGCCAGGCGCUGGUGCGCGUGCAGGUGCUGGACGCCAACGACAACUCGCCCUUCGUGCUGUACCCGCUGCAGAACGCGUCUGCGCCCUGCACCGAGCUGCUGCCCAGGGCGGCCGAGCCGGGCUACCUGGUGAGCAAGGUGGUGGCGGUGGACCGCGACUCGGGCCAGAACGCCUGGCUGUCGUUCCAGCUGCUCAAGGCCACGGAGCCCGGGCUGUUCAGCGUGUGGCCGCACAAUGGCGAGGUGCGCACCGCCAGGCUGCUGAGCGAGCGCGACGCGCCCAAGCACAGGCUGCUGCUGCUGGUCAAGGACAAUGGCGAGCCGCCGCGCUCGGCCAGCGUCACGCUGCACGUGCUGCUGGUGGAUGGCUUCUCGCAGCCCUACCUGCCGCUGCCCGACGCGGCGGCGCCCGAGCGCGCGCAGCCCGACCGCCUCACUGCCUACUUGGUCAUCGCGCUGGCGGCCGUGUCUUCUCUCUUCCUCUUGUCUCUGCUGCUCUUCGUGGCCGCCAGGCUGUGCAGGAGGAGCAGGGCGCGCUCGCUGGCCGGCUGCGCGCUGCCCGAUGGCCCCUUGCCUGGACACCUGCUGGAUGUGAGUGGCACGGGGACCCUGGCCCACAGCUACCAGUAUGAGGUGUGUCUGCAGGGAGGUGCUGGCACUAAUGAGUUCAAAUUCCUGAAGCCUAUCAUCCCCAAUCUCCAGCCCCAGGGCUCUGGUGAAGAAAUGGGAGAAAAUAUUGUAGUCCGAAAUAGCUUUGGAUUCCAAUAG